AUGUGGCAUUUUCAAGGUGCUUUCUAUAUGAUGGGACUAAAGAUGUCUUUGCUGAGUCUUCUCCCUCGGGUCCAGAAGGCAGCUGCCGAGAUGUCUGAUAUCGAAAGCCCUGGCACUGCCCGUGCUGAACUCCCUCGUCAAUUCUCAUUUCUGUCGACAUUGGCCUUGGGAUACAGCAUCACCAAUUCAUGGGCUGGUUACGCUGGUAUCCUAUCGAUACCUUUGGUGAUGGGAGGGGGCCCGACGGCUUUCUCUGGCCUUUGUGUUGCCUCGAUAGCGUGUUGUUUUAUCACUGCGGGUCUUGCAGAGUUGGCAUCUGCAUUUCCCACUAGCGGAGGGCCAUAUCAUUUUGCUUUCAUCGUUUCAGCGCCCAAGCACCGUGCCGCAGUUUCUUUCGUUGUUGGCUGGUUGACUAUGAUCUCCUGGUGCACGGUGUCUACAUCCAACGGAAUAGUCUGUGCGCAAAUGAUUAAUGGUCUGGUGACUGUCCACCGUCCGAGCGUCACGGAAACUGCCUGGCGAAUCUAUCUUAUCUAUCUUCCGAUCGUUCUCCUCUCGACUGUGGUCGUGUGCUACCUGCCUCGUGUUAUCCCACUUAUAGAGGAUUGUAUCAUGACCUUCAGCUUGCUCACCUUCGGCACCAGUUUGAUAACGGUGUUAGCAAUGCAAGAUCAAAAACAGUCUGCGCACACUGUGUUCUUGGCCUAUGAAAACCAUACAGGCUGGAGUGACGGGACAGCCUUCAUAAUAGGCGCUGGGACAUGUAUGUACGCAUACAUAACAGUCGAUAGUGUUACCCAUAUAGCAGAUGAAGUCCCAAACCCUGGUCGCAAUAUCCCCCGCGCGAUGAUGGCUACCGUGCUGACUGGCAUGGCUGUUGCAUCUUCCCCAAUCCCCAUUUAUACGGCAUACUUACAAGCAACAUCCAGCCCAGUCGUGGCCACGCUUUUCACUGCAUGGGUUAUAUUCUUCUAUUGCGCAGCCGAGUUGUCCUGUCUACUCACUGCGGGACGACUUGCAUACACGUUCGCUCGAGCUGGUGGUCUUCCUUAUUCGUCAUUCUUCGGUAAGAUCACAAACGAGAUGCCGCUGAACGCCACAUUGGGUUGUUGUGUGUUCAUCUGUCUGUACGGGCUGAUAUACAUUGGCUCAGCAACAGCCUUUGACAGUUUCAUAUCGAUAGUCAUAAUUGCCCUCAACAUCUGCUAUGUAGUCCCGCAAGCAAUCGUGCUGCUUCGUGGACGUGACGCCGUCCUUGGGAGAAGAGCCUUCGCAUUGGGAAAGUAUUUUGGACUCUUCUGUAAUACAGUUGCUGUUCUCUGGGUGGCAGUCAUAUUGGUAUUCUUUUGUUUGCCUCUAAAGAUACCGACCACGGUACACGAGAUGAAUUAUGCGAGUGUAGUACUCGCAGGGUUUGUUGCUCUGAUUGGUUUUGGGUGGUGGGGAGGGAAGAGGAAGACGUUCACCGGCCCGGUAGGUGCGCCAUUAUCCCUCCCCUAUACCAGUAGUGGAUUAAGGUCCGCUGACAAUACUCGUUGUUGCUCAGCUACAGGACAUUGAAUCCCCUCACAGCGGACAGACCGGGACGGCACGAGUGCCUGGUAAGUGAGAUUGUCUGAAAUAGGUUAUACAAGGGAGGCUGCAUACUAGCAGGCUGUUCUUG